AUGUCGCAAGCAGGAGCCGUCUCUGCGCGUAGCCCCUUGUCUACGAUUUUCCUCCUGCACAUCGUGCUAGAGGGUCCACUCGCGUUCCAGGGAUGGUGGAACCCUGCCAGCUUACCCUUCCUCGGGUUGAACAACACGACGCUCGUGUUCAUCAAGUUGUGGUCCGUCUUGAGCCUUUCCACUUGUAUCAUGGCACUCCUCUGUAACGGCCUACCUGAAUUCAUGGCCGGUAAGCGCGCCGUAGGACUUGGACUCGGCCUGUAUCACACGACCCUGUCGACCAUCCUCUUCCAAGCGCCUCGUUUCAUUCCGCAUACCUUCGGCGCGCUCGCAGAGAACUACAAGUUCACGCCCGAGAUCCUGUGGGGCGUGUUCCAUGGGCUGAUUGGGCUUGGCUUUGCGAGCUGGUGGCAGGGGACUAUCCCGUAUGUUCAGGCGGGAGCGGCUGCUAUGGGCGGAGGAAGGCGAUAG